ACCGGACUGUGUAGAUCACCCUCUUCUUCCCUGUUCGCGCUGAUCGCUCAAUCGAGUUCCAACGAAACAAUUGUUAGAUCUAUUUGUUGUGUUCGCGAAUCUUCACUUUUGUAUCCUCCACCAUGAGCUGCCCAGUGAGAAGCGGAUUUGUGGAUUCGGUGCAAGGUGGACACCAUCUCGGUUCGGAGGCGGGCAUGCUGUACGGCGAGUACCUGAUGCUGGACAAGGUGCUGAGCGCCCAGCGGAUGCUGUCCGUGGAGGGCAAGAAACCGGUGCACGAUGAGCAUCUGUUCAUCGUGACCCAUCAAGCUUACGAGCUGUGGUUUAAGCAGAUCAUCUUCGAACUCGACUCGAUCCGCGUACUGUUCAGCACCGAGCACAUCGAGGAGUCACGCACGUUGGAGAUCUUGAAACGGCUGAAUCGUAUCGUCAUGAUCCUGAAGCUCCUGGUGGACCAGGUUCCCAUUCUCGAGACGAUGACACCGCUCGACUUUAUGGACUUCCGUGACUACCUGUCACCGGCCAGCGGUUUCCAGAGUCUGCAGUUCCGGCUGCUGGAGAACAAGCUGGGCGUUAAGUCGGAGCAUCGCGUCAAGUACAACCAAAAGUACACGGAAGUGUUCGCCAGCGAUCCGUCCGCGAUCGAUCGCAUUGCCGUGACGGAGGCGGAACCUUCGUUGGCCGAUCUGGUGCAGAAGUGGCUCGAGCGUACGCCCGGGCUCGAGGAGGAUGGGUUCAACUUCUGGGGCAAAUUCCAGGAGAGCGUCGAGAAGCUGCUCAGCGACCAGGAAGCGAGCGCCAUGAAAGAGGAACACGAGCAUGUGCGCGAGUACCGGCUGAUGGAUAUUGGGAAGCGGCGUGAGGUGUACAAGUCCAUCUUCGAUGCGCAGGUCCAUGAUGCGCUGGUGGCACGUGGCGAACGCCGGUUCACUCAUAAAGCGCUCCAGGGUGCCAUCAUGAUUACGUUCUAUCGCGAUGAGCCACGUUUCAGUCAACCGCACCAGCUGCUGAUGCUGCUGAUGGACAUCGAUUCGUUGAUUACCAAGUGGCGCUAUAAUCACGUGAUCAUGGUGCAGCGUAUGAUCGGUUCGCAGCAGCUCGGUACGGGUGGAUCUUCCGGUUAUCAGUAUCUUCGUUCAACGCUUAGCGACCGGUAUAAGGUGUUUCUGGAUCUGUUCAAUCUCUCCACCUUCCUGAUACCGCGCAACACGAUCCCGCCCCUGACGAACGAGAUGCAGAAGGCCCUCAACAUGGCCUGGGGUUCACCGGCGCAUACGGCAGCCCGCAAUGGCACUCUGCACUAGCACUGCGUGAUGGAAGCCCGUCAUCGGUUUUUGCUUACCUCCAGCGAAGAGAUAGCAAUCCCGGAUGACAUCCAAACACACAAACAAACACCUACGUUUCGCAUGAUAUCAUGCGCUAUCCGAAUAAAGUGAGACAUAA